AUGUCUAGCAAGACCGUCCCAAUCGUCGGGGAGCAACAGCCGCACACUACGAACAUGUCCUCGCCUCAACUCACCAUUGACCAUGUAGAUGAUGACCAAGAAGCCCUGGACAGGUCGCGGCCUCCCCUUGCAACUACCGUUUCAGAGCCUCCUGCUCUACGCGGUUAUUCCAGCCCCAUGAGACACCACAAACGUACCCCCAGUGCGCAUAGAGAAAUCAAGGAAACCCUUGACGCCCGUGUUGAAUUCACCAGCGAUGAAUCCGACGGAAGGACGUAUCAUCGAAUCAACCAGUAUGUUAUCGUCGAGGAGAUUGGUAGGGGUUCGUAUGGCGCCGUUCACCGCGCAACUGAUCAGUUCGGCAAUGAGUUUGCCGUCAAAGAAUUUUCCAAAACUCGAUUAAGAAAACGAGCACAGUCGCAUAUUCUCCGACUAGGACCACAGAGUUCCCCCGGUCAACGUCUUCCACGGCCUCGUAGAGCUGGGGGGCCACUGUCACCUCAGCUGACAGGUUUACGGGCUGGGGAGCAGAGCGAUGCAUUGUUUCUGAUUCGAGAGGAAAUUGCCAUUAUGAAAAAGCUGAAUCAUCCCAACUUGGUCCAAUUAAUUGAAGUUCUGGACGAUCCUGAAGAAGACUCGUUGUACAUGGUCAUGGAGAUGUGCAAGAAAGGCGUCAUUAUGAAUGUCGGCUUGGACGACAGUGCUGACCCAUACAACGACGAGUCUUGCCGCUGCUGGUUCCGGGAUCUACUUUUGGGUAUUGAAUACUUGCAUGCCCACGGGGUUAUCCAUCGCGAUAUCAAGCCUGAUAAUUUGCUGCUCUCGGAUGACGAGGUUCUGAAGAUUGUGGACUUUGGCGUUUCAGAGAUGUUUGACAAACCUGACAACAUGAAAAUCUCCAAGUCUGCGGGUUCGCCUGCCUUCAUGCCACCAGAGCUCUGUGGCAAACAUCAAGAAGUCUCUGGGCAAGCAGCUGAUAUUUGGUCCAUGGGCGUCACGCUCUAUUGCCUGAAAUACGGCAAGAUACCUUUCAAUCGGCCUGGCGUUCUGGAGAUUUAUGAUGCUAUCAAGACAGACAGCCCCUAUAUCCCUAAUGGCGAGGAUUCUGAUUUUACAGACCUGAUGAGCAGAAUUCUCGACAAGGAUCCGUCCAAACGAAUCACCAUGCUUGACCUAAGGGAGCACCCGUGGGUGACCAAAGGCGGGUCGGAUCCCUUAUUGUCUGUCGAAGAUAACUGCGAACACAUUAUUGAGCCCCCCAAUGAACUUGAAUUAAACCGGGCUUUUACGAGGAAGGUUAAUCAUCUACUUUCCAUGAUGAAGGCAAUUCACAAGUUCAGAACUCAGUUGGCCAAAAUCCGGGCUAGGCAAGAUACGAGUGCAGCCAGCUCCUCGACAUCGCUUCAACCCGUCAUGUCAGGCGAAGAGCCAUUCAACGCAGCAGAUGAGAAAGCUAAGGCCGAAGAGAUAGAAACUCUCCUGGCUCGCCGUCGACAUUUACUCGGCCACCAAGAUGAAGACGCCGAUAAGGGUCACGCCCGAGAGAUUGGGGAUCAAGAGCCCCUCCUGCUUGGAAUUGGUACUGGAGCACGAGACGCUUUUGCCAGAGACGAGGCUACCCCAGAUGUAGUAGCCGAUUCCCCGACGGCGGUUGAUUUUGACGUAUACGACCGCGCCUACGAAGAAGCCAUCAAACGCCGUAUGGAAACCAAGCCGUCCAAGAAACCCACCAUGUACUUGACCAGGUUCGUCAAGGAAAAAGACUACUUCAAGAAGAUGGAAAACCUGGUCGAGGGCACCGUUUUGUCACCCCCAGCCUUAAAGUCAGAAUUUAAGCAAGCUACGCACGCGCUAAAGGAUAACGUUUCUUCAGAGCCUGGAGCAAAAUUAGCUGAAAUUGUCGAGAAAGUUGCACUUUCUGUCCCUGAGACAAAGAAACACACCAAGCCAGACCUAUAG